ACGUCGUUGGCUGCAGAUAGCGCGCAGUGCGAAUUCCCCAUUAGCCAAUCGCUUUCCGUUGCAUUCUGUCAUAUUCGAAAAAAAAAGAUAGAGUCGAUUCGGCUGGCUGUGCUGUCUGUCGUUUAUCGCGCGAUAUACUUGCUGCUCCUGUGCAAGGAGUAUCGUUGGAGGCAGGUUCCAGCUGAUCGGCGAGGAAGCGUAUUUACGAAGCGGUGCGAUGUGAUUCGUCGGGCUCGGUGCGGAGGAGCGCGCGCGAGUGUCGGAGGCACGAAAACGCAGGUCGCGAUCUUCGACCGUGUCCGUCCGGCCAAGACGGCGGCGGGUUGUUGGCGGUCGGCGGAUUGUCGGCGUCGCAGCGGGCCAUCGGUAGGCGCGUUCGGCUUCGAAUGCGCUUUCCGCUCGUGUCAUUAGGCACCGUUCGGGGCAUCAACGGGACGUUGGCGAGACGUUGCCUCGUCGUCCUUGAUAAUCCCGUAAAACGUACGCAGCAACACAUUACGUUAGACGCGUUAAAUAUUGCAGGAUCGUAGCACACGACGCGGGUCAGGACGGUUCCGCUGAGCUCAAGCGUUCUUUUGUGCGCGGCGAACGGCGAAUCUUUCUCGUACGCACACGCGCGAGCGUCCCCGUCCCGUGUGCAAGUGCAAGAGGCCGCCGGCUGAUCGUCGCGCAUGAUACCUCGAACGGGCGACGCACACUUCCACACCGGGCUCUCGUUCGAGUCGUUCGACCACAUUCGACGCGAACGACCAGCGAGACUAACCUUGCGGAAUGCGCUCGGCGGCGUCCAGACUCCAGCGAGAAACCUAACAGACUGCGAAUAGUGCGAAUCUCUCGUGUCCGUCGAGACGUCAUUUGCAACGAGUGUUCGCCCUUUCGAAUGCACGAUAUGAGUUCCUCUCAUUAACUAAUAAGCCGAUACAGAAAAGUAGAAAAAAAAAGAUCGUUAGAAAAAAUACGUACAUACGUUCAUCGAUAGAAUGCCACCGAGACGAGCAGAAGAUGUGCCUAUGAAGAGAAUGGCAGCUGCAGGUUGUAAAUUACCAGCGCAACUGCCAGCAGGAGAAAUCUUGACGGAUAUUACGCAGAAUAAAUGGAGACUAGGAAAUACUAUUGGAUAUGGUGGUUUUGGAGACAUAUAUCUUGCCUCUAAUGACAUUACAUCACCUGUUGGUCAAGAUGCAAGAUAUGUCGUAAAGAUUGAACCUCAUAAUAAUGGUCCAUUAUUUGUUGAAAUGAAUUUUUAUAUACGAGCAGCACGCAAGCACAUGAUCAAAAGUUGGUGUGAAUCUCAGGGAAAGAGGAAAAUUGGUGUUCCCACAUAUGAAGGAUCAGGAUCUCAUGUUCAUAGAGGUCAACGGUACAGGUUUCUAGUAAUACCGCGAUAUGGAGUAGACAUUGGAAAAUUAUUCCUGUCGCAUAGAAAGAAAUUACCAACAAAACUCGUUAAUACACUAGCUGUACAAAUGUUGGAUGCGUUGGAAUAUAUUCACAGUAAGGGAUAUGCUCAUGCGGAUAUUAAGGGACCAAAUAUUUUGUUGUCAUAUGGAAAUGGAAUAGGAAAGGAAAAAUCUACUGCGUACUUGGUAGAUUAUGGAUUGGCAUAUCGUUUCCGCACAGGAACCGGUGAACAUAAACCAUUCGUACAUGAUGAGAGAAGAGCUCACGAGGGUACUUUAGAAUUUACAUCCCGGGAUGCUCAUCAUGGAACACAUUCAAGGAGAGGAGAUUUAGAGACUUUAGGAUAUAAUGUUAUACAGUGGUUGUGUGGAAAGCUACCUUGGGAGAAUGACAGUAAUGAAAUAGGUUUUGCUAUGGAUCCCGAAGAAGUUCAUCAACAAAAAGAGAUUCUCUUAUCAGACUUGCCUCUAUUUAUGGAAAAGUGUUUUCCUCAUAAGAAAAAACCACCAGCUGCGAUCAUGAAAUAUAUGAAGUACAUUACCGAACUAGAAUUCGAGACCAAGCCCAACUAUUCCUAUUUACGGAAUUUAUUUCUACAUAUUGGCCAAGAUGGCAAUAUUCCUACAUGUCUUUAUAACAUGAAUGAGUCAAAUGAAAAUCUUACGAGCUCUAUAUUUUUUGAGCGUCCAUAUUUAAGAGAAAGGAAACCUUGUAGGCCUGUAAACGGCGAGAUACGAAUAACACGGAAUACACAGCCUAAGAAUCCAGUUCCGAAAAAAGAAUUUAGUUGGGAAGCAGUAUUAGCGCUGCAUCCAGACAAACUUGCGAAAAUCAGUACUCAACUGCCGCCUUCGCCUCUUACGCCGCCUCUUACACCACCAUCGUCCGCAUCUCCGCGGCCACCGUCUCUGCCGACAUACGCAAUGUUAGAAGUACUUCGUAAAAUGAAGGAGAGGCAAUCGGGUUCAUUCAGGCAUAAAGCACCACCAAAAUCAUCGGAUAAUGAACUCAAACCAAAAUGGAUGACACCGGCAAUGGAAGAAGUUGCACGAUUAAGAAAAAAAAUCAUCGAGGCGCCCAUUUCUGUACUCAACUCCCAAAAUAGUUCACGUGUAACACGUUCACGUGUGGCAAAGAGAAAACGAUUUGACGUGGAAGAACAACAUAAAGAGAUAAAGGAUGACUCGACCAAUAGCAAGGUUACGCAUAAAAGAAGGAAAGGUUCAUCUUCUUAAAGGAAAUUGGGUCCUAUUAGUAUUAUAAAGACCUCUAACAAUGACUACCAUCGGCAUUCACUUCAAUAGGAGAUGUAAAAUUAAGUAUUAUUUGAUAAAAUCUCAUCCACUGACGAUGUUAUAAGAUACACAUCGCGCCAAUUUGUUUAAGACUGCUUCAUCAUUAUAUAAUUUGCUCUUUGAUAACGUUCUCCGAUACACAUAAGAUUUCUAAAUAGUUGUAUAGCGAACAAAAUAAUGGUAAUAUUAAUGAAUAAUGGUAAGUGACUUCCUCUUAUAAAACUACAGAGAUUCAAUAGAAUUAAUAUGUUCAUAUAGAAACGUUGUGCGGAUGUCGUAAUAUUUCUAAAGGACGCAAAUGUCUGUUGAUUUAAGAUUGUACAAGUAAACCUUGCAAUUUUAGUUACUAGAUUGAAUUUAUUUAACGUUAAUACUUUGCAGUGUUAUAGAUGAUAUUAUAUUAAAAUCAAUCAUGAUCACAUUUAACAUCAGCUAUAUGUAAUCUGAAUUAUACAUUCGUGAUAUACUAUAAUUGAUUUAAUCCAUUAUAGCAGGCAGUUAUAAAAUUUAUUAUAUUCUC